AAUUCAUUGAACGCCUUUCGAUAUUGUUGUGAUACAAAACGAUUCUAAAUAUCGAACAGAAAGCUUUAUUCAACAUUAGAACAUGUCUUCCAGACAGAAAGAAAUAAAUGAAAGAAAAUAAUGGGCCUACGAUACAGUGGCUACGUACGAUGGCAUUAGCCAGCGCCAAGCCAGAAGCCAUGCCGAAACGGCCGAAAGUGAAAAUGGCUGACCGCGGAUGAGCGCCGAAAGCCUGUGUCAAUUCAGACCAGGAAACUGCUCUAAGCGACAUAUGAUGAUCACAUACGGUGUGUUCCAUCCCAGUUAUGAUCCGGAGCUUCGUGACAACGGUGCCUACAAACCUCGCGAAAUAUUUAACUGUUCUAUGACGUCUCCAGACCCAAUGUGCAAACCGUUCAAUUGCCUGGGCAGCAUCAAGACUACAUACUACAGACCUCCAACCCAACUUUGCUAUACUAUAAAUCCUUCAGAUGUGGCAAAGUUUCAAGAAUGUCCAACGCCGUGGAAUUGGGAAUUGAACUUCCGUGUCACGUGGAACCCGAAACAUACGAUGCUGUUUUUCGACACUCGUUCCCUGCCGAUAAUAAUCCAUAGUCGAUCCAUUUGCCCGCCGGAGAAACUUUCAGCUGUCACCCUACAACCCGGGAAGUCCUACAUCUUGGCUGUCAAACAGCAACAGAUAGAACGGCUUCCCACUCCGUACAAGUCCCAUUGCACGGACUAUUUCGCACACGGAUAUUUUCAAGAGUUCCAGGGAUACCUCACGUACGAUACCUGCAUGCAGCAAUGUGAAAUGCAGUUGGAGAUGGACAUUUGUAGUUGUGUGCGGCCUGCACAUGAGUUUUCCGGGUCCUUCGGCUUCAAGAUGUGCAAGAUUCAAGAGUCGGACGCGUGCUACCGUCAAUUGAACGAAAGUGGCAAGUACCAAAGCUGCGAGGGGCGAUGUGGACUACCCUGCAAGGAAACUGUCUACGACGUCAGAGUGGCCAACGUUGCUGAAGAGCCGACCACGGCAAGCAUGUAAGAUACGGAAAAGUCACGAAAUUGCGGGUAGAUUGAA